AUGGAGCAAAGUGAAGGGAGAGGAAAGGGAAAGAAGGUUCAGGAUUCUUCUUCAAAUGCUGAACAAUCCCAGGCUGAAAUGGGUUCUGUGGGACAAAACAUCAUGGAUCCUCAACUAAGGAGAUUAUUCUCAAACAGAAUUUCUGCCCAAAGAUCAAGACAGAAGAAGGUGAAGUUAGUUGAGGAGUUGGAAAACCGUGCCAAAAUGUUGCAGGAUCAAGUAGCCCAACUUCAAUCAAUACAGGCUCGCCAACAAAGCCGAAUGCACAGUUUAAUGGUAGAAGAGCAGACAUUGUUCCAUGAAAUGGAAUAUCUUGAGAAAAAGGCAAUGCUCAGAGAUGGUAAAGUUGUUUCAUCUUUGGAAUCUGAAGAUGAGAAGAACAGGAAAAAAAAGAGUAGGCUAGAGAAACUUCGAGAUAUUAAGCAACAGCAAUUGCUUAAUCUGCAUGAUCCUUUUGCUGGAUUGUCCAUUGAUACAUCCUCAAAUCAAGGAGAUGGAGCACGGUCUUCAUCAAGGCAAGAGCUGGACAUAGCUGCUGCGGUGGAUGAAAUUAUGGAUCAGACGAAUCUUUCAAUGGAAACUGCUCGCAAUCCCAAUCUUUAA